CAGGCUCACCGACCUGCGCAGGUCCUCGACAAACGCUCCGCGCUGCUGUCCAACUUCGAGGUGCUUACCCUACUCAAAGAGCUCGAGAGCGACCACCUCGCCCGGACUAAAACGGCUCUGCGCAUAAAGAAGGAGGAAGAAGCUGCAGGGAACCACUCCGCGCGGAUACAGCCGUCAGACGACAUCUGCGAAAAUCUCAGGACUAUUGAAGUGGAGGCCAUUCAACACCUGUCGGCGGACUACCAGCCCACCGUGUCGCAGACGGAGGCCGGCAUUGUUCAGCUUACGAAGAGCCUCGGGCAGUACGACUUGACGAAGGCGGAGAAACUCCAGAUCGUCAACCUCGCCCCGACGGAAGCCGUAGAACUCUAUGUCAUUGUUGAGGAACUGGAAGAUCGCUUCGGAACCCAAAUGGACGACAUCCUCGAGACCAUCAGAUCGUCAUUGUCGGGUCCGGCGGCUCCGCUCACGAACGGAGUGCACGGGAAAGGCGCAGGCGCAGGCGCAACGAACGGCGAGAUUGUCUAUACCGAGGACAUGGAGAUGCAAGACUACGUCGAGGAAGACGGCAACUGGGAGUACGACGCCAACGAGGAUGUUAUGUUCGACGACACCGGCGAGGGUGCAGGCGUGGAGGGCGAUCUCGACGUCCAGGACGACUGA